GUGAACCCUCUGUGUUGCGAAAGAGCGUAGUGUGCUUGCGUCACACGUGCGUGCGGUAGGUUCGUAGCUGAUAGCUGGUGCUAAACAUUACAUUAAUGUGUGCGCUAUGCUCAGUAGCACAGAGCCGUGUUGCCGAUUCGAUCGAGAUUACUAUUAUCACGGGUCAAAGAUCAGCUGGCUGUGCGAUAACACGUUCGUCAGUUGCAAGGCCAGUUAUACAGGUAGUAGUUUACUAGUGUUGCUCUGUACGGUCUUGGAGCGUCAACGUCGCUCUCUGGAACACUGUACUCCCGGAGGAGAACGUUCGAUUGGUAUCCCGACUGCUAACGGAUGGUAGCGAUAACCACGUGUCGGCAAAAGGCCGUCGCCGCGGCCUUCAGGGCUGUCAUCCUCGGCGCCCCCGCUUCUGGUAAAGGAACCGUUUCUGAACGAAUUGUCAAGACUUUCGGAAUUACUCACCUAUCUAGUGGCGACAAGCUGCGUUUUCAUAUCGCCAAUAACACAGAAUUGGGAAAAACAGUGAAGAGCUAUUUGGAGCGGGGAAGCCUGGUACCAGACGAAACUAUGAUAUCACUGAUCGGUAAAGAAAUUGAAAAUCUCGGCGACGCGAACUGGUUACUCGACGGAUUUCCCCGAACGAUAAUGCAGGCGCAGAAGCUGCAAGCUCUCUAUCCUAUCAACGUGGUAUUGAACUUGGUGGUACCCUACUCUCGGAUAUUGGAGAGGGUGAAAAAUCGGUGGGUCCACUUGCCAAGUGGAAGAGUGUACAAUAUCGGUUUUAACGACCCAAAAGUGGCGGGAAAGGACGAUGUCACUGGAGAGGAUUUGUGCCAGAGGGAGGACGACAAACCGGAAAUAGUACAAAAGAGACUAGAUGAUUAUGCCAAAAGCACAGAGCCUGUCAUCAGCUACUACAGGCAGCAGCACAUACUCAGAGACUUUCAUGGAAACACCACGGACGAGAUUUGGCCCAGCAUUCGAAAGUGUGUAGCAGAAUUCGUAUCGUAGUUUAAAUAUAAAAACAAUACGUAUCGCUCACAGAAACCUGAUUUUAUAGUCCAUUUUAUAUAUAUGGGUAAUGUAUUUAUUGGUACUUAUUUGAGAUUGCACGGUAAUUUAUUCACAUGUGCUACAAAAUAAAUUUGCUAAACAUUCCA